GAGGCCGAGGGAGAAGGUGGCGGUGGAGGCGGUGGACGGAAAGAAGAGGCGCUCCGGAGACCGAGAGGCGGCCCGCCCGCGCCCCCCGCUUGUCCCCGCAGGAAGUCCAGCGCCGCCGCCGCCGCCACCCCCUCCUCCUCCUGCGUCCUUGUCCCCGUUUUCUUUUCUUUCUCUCCCCCCGUCCCUCCUUCCUCUCCGGCCACUUUCGUCCCCCACCCCGGGACAAUAGAGCAGGAAGAUGUCCUCCUCCGGCGGCCACCAGCACAGCCAGAGCCGCGCCAUCCCCACCAGGACGGUGCCCAUCAGCGACUCCUCGCAGCUACCUCAUGACUAUUGCACCACGCCCGGGGGGACCCUCUUCUCCACCACUCCUGGAGGCACCCGAAUCAUCUAUGACCGCAAAUUUCUGUUAGACCGCCGCAAUUCUCCCAUGGCUCAGACUCCUCCUUGCCACCUUCCAAAUAUCCCGGGAGUUACCAGCCCUGGUACUAUGACUGAGGAUUCCAAAGUGGAAGUAAACAAUCUGAACAAUCAUGAUGGGAAGCCUAUCCUAGGUGAUGAUGCUCAGUUUGAGAUGGACAUCUGAUCUUCCUUGAGGGAAACCAUGGAGAGACACCAAUUCCUGAUAACCUGCUCACACCUGAUUUGGCCAACAGGAUCAAUAACUGAAGAAUGGAAGAAGCAGAAGCUGUUCCACUAGAAUCCCCACUUCAGCUUUUGAAGUGCCAAAGGAUAAGAGGACUGUUUUCCCCUCUUGUUGACUCCUUCAGCCAUGCCAUGCUAUCCCUUGCCUAUUUUAACCCCUCCCCCCCCUUUAAGUUUCUCAUCUCCCUGGUCUGUGACUGAAGCCCAUGAUAAAUUUACAUAGAGCUAAGGAAUGAAUCUUGGCUUCUCGCACUUUAGAGACAACCUACCAAAUCAUGCGCACGCGAGAACAUACUUCCAUCAGUAAUGGGAUAUUUAUUGCAAACCACAGAAAAGGGCCACAAGACAUGUUUGAAGGGAUGUGGCACUGCCGUUCUCCCUCCCCUCAACCCUAGUUUAGAAGCCAGUUUCUGUUUCUUUUACUGCUGUGUGAAAAGCACUCGCCGGGGGACUGAUCCUCAUGCCUCCCAUUUAGUCAGCAUAUCCUUGCACAUGGGAACAUAGUGAGGUUCUGCUGUGACUUCUUUUACCCCUCUCUGAAUCAGUUUCUGUUUUGUUUCUUUGGAACAGGAAUACUUAAUCUAGAAAGAGCCAUUGCUUCAUUUUACUACUUGCCAUUUCAUCCCAAGGAGUGCCUCCUAGAAUAUCCUGCUAACAAAUGGUUGUGUCACCAUUUCCAAGCUUCAGUCUACAGUGUUCGAAGGGGAAUCAUGUUUUGUUUGGAAAUAAUUUAGGGGUGUCAUGCUUGACAGUCCUCUAUGCUGUUUGUUCUUGAUCAGUCUUUAAUUUUUGCUGCUGUUACAUUUGCUGAAUUCCUUGCAAGUCUACUCUUGUGCCAAAAGGAUUAAUUGAAAUAACCUGGCUAUGCUUGACUAGGAGGGGCUUGGCAAAAAUCUGAUGUUCUUGGGAAUGAUUCCCGUAUAAGCUUAGGGCACCUUAAGAAUUGGUUACUGGGUUAUUGGGAUGUGCAUAGCUGAUUUCAUGAUGCAUGACUUCAGAUAAAUCAGAGGCAACAAUUCUAUAUUUUACUGCAAUCUUUUUUGGAACAAAACUGUCACUGUCUUACCUGGUCUGUGCAUGAUUACUGAAUUCACACAUUACUAAAUUGGCCAAGAGAACCAUCAAACUCAAUUGGAACCAGUCUCAGCAUGCAGAAAAGUGCCCUUAGUUGCCAAAGUCUUCACUUAAUCCAUUCAUUUGGAUUUGUUACCCAUUUCUUCUCUCCCCCCCCCCCUCCACAUAUGAUGAAUUUUGCAUGGGUGAACUUUCCUCCCGUUGACUGCAGCGUGCAUAGGUUUCAUGGGGUUGUUGGCAGAGAGAGAGGCGGGGGGCCCUGAUGAAUGGGAUUCUUAGCCAUCCACGUUAUCUUGUGAUGGUGCCAGUUGCUAUGUGGGAAAAGUGGGUCAUUUUUGCUCAACAAGUGGGUGGGUUCAUGCAUUUGUUGAGAAGCAUACCUGAGAAGUUGAACUGUGUGGAACUGUUCUCUAGCGCCGGAACGUUGACUCCAUUUAAUUGGUUAGAUUAAUCAAUUAAGGACCUGUUGAUCGAUUCAUGUGCCUCUAAUAAACCAGGCAACAGUUUAUGAUGGGAGGGGUUAUCCAUUUUUUAAAUACAUGUCCCUACAAAAACUUCCCUUCUGUCUCACACAAGGAAUGUAUGGUCCCUCUUCAAUUUUUAUGAUCAGUUAAUUGAUUUGAACCUAUAAAAUUAGCUGAUUUAAUUGACAGUCCUGUUUCUCCCAGUUACCAAGUACCUGAUCUUUGUCUUGUAUUGCUUCAUGAAGCUUCCCAACAACAAAGAUUCAUGUAUAUUUGUAAGGCAUGUUAGCCCUUUUCCUAUGAGUGAAUAUCACCCUACUGUGGUAAUGGUUAAACAGUGGGAUAACAUGGGGCACGCAGAUAAUGUGGGAGACUUUGUCCCUGCCCUGUGGAUUUGAGGGGUGUGUGGCAGCUUAACCCAUGGUGCCAUUGUUCAACUAUAGCUCGAUUGGCUUGAGACCCAGCCCAAGGAAAUAGCAGCCACACUGUCCUUGUAACUUGGGAAUUAUUCCCAGAGACCAGCAUAGAAGGUAGAGCAUCUAAUCUGUUCAUUAACUCAUCUUCUGUUUCUGGCCCCUGGGGCAGAGUCCUCAUGAUCAUUGCCAAUUUAUGAAGUUUAUAAUGUGAUUUUAACAAGGUGGGCCACUAUUCUGGAAAAUCAUUUUGCUUUUUCUCUGUAUAUGUAGUAGUUGGGAAUAGGGAAGGGGAGGAAAAUGCAGGAAUGUUUUGUUCACUUUUAUUUUUGCCUACACUAAAAUGUGAAUAAUACAGAAGCAAAACUGCUUUGUAACUGUUGAUCUCUCAGGAAUAGGCUCUGUUUGUGGUGUAUCCAGGGAAAUCAGUGCCACUUCUGAAGUUGUGGCAGAAAAGCAGUGAUUAGCGGGGUGGGUGGAUGGGGAGCUAUUUUUAGGGACACUGUGCUUCCUGGUUUGGGUCAGGGGAGUUCCGAAACACAGUAUAAGUUCAGCCUGCAGUCGGAUCCCGGUUGUAUUUCCAUCCUUCCUCAUUCGUAGCCACCAGCCGUUGUUUCUGGAACCUCACUGUCUAAUCUGUUGAUAAGGCAGAACAGAUAUACAAUGUUGAUGGCAGGGGAAUGCAGCUUUGUCCAUGAACUAACCAACUUCGAUAAGGGGUAGAAGAAUGCUACUUCAGGUGUUGCCAACAGCUACUUUUCUCAUCAUAGUAGAAGCAUUUUUAUCAGUUUUGGAUUUCGGCAAUGGGGUAACUUCAGAGUUGUUUAUUCCUUCCCUAGAUGUUAAAAAAAUAUUAGCAGCCCCAACCCUUGCAUAACACAACAUUUUUUAUACGAAAUGCAGCAAAAUUUUCCAUCUGCUGUAAUCAGUAUAGUUGCUGCUUGUAAUGGCUUGCUGUUGCCUCCAUAGGCUGUGUUACAGACAUGAGAAGGUAUUCUGAUAGUCAAAGUGCAGACUUGGGACUAGGUGGUAUUCUGUUUCUUGCUCUUUGUUUCUCGCUCUCCUGCCAGUUUCCUAAGCAAGUCACUUACUGUGCCUCAGUUCUCCAGUCUAUAAAAUGGGGGACAAUAGAAUCCUACCUCACAGGGUUGUUGUGAGGAUAAAAAAAUUGUUUGUAAGGUACUCUUAAUUAAAACAGGAAUGAGUGCCAUGAAGAAGCGAAUAAAUCUUUGUUUUCUUUAUAAAAUUGCAAGGUGAUUCAGUCACAGCCAUGAAGGUAUCUUGUGUGUCAUCUUCUGAGGUCUCUGUACAACAACUAACUUUUCACAGAAGUGCUGUUUUUAAUUGAGUGAAGAGUAAAUGGUCAGAAAUAAUUAGCACUGCUUUGUGACUAAUUCCUGCUUGGAACUGGGAAACCUCCUUCCUCUCCAGGGCUUACAGCAAUACAGGCCAUUGUGUGUUUCAUCUCUACCAUCUCACCCCUCCCUCACAUCUUGACUUGCACGAGGAACUGAGCAGUUGUGGUACAGAAGGGAGAAACUGUGGUAAUACCUAUUGCUGUCCACUUUGAUGAGCCAAGGGUUUAAAAAAACCUGUUUACUUGUUUCUCAGAGCCAAACUAGACACUAAACUUAGCUUAUGCCAUAAUGGAGACUUGCAUUUGAAUAUCAUCUAUAAGUUCCCUGUGGGAACUGACUUCUGCAGUGCUGCAAAGGCCUGAUUUGGAUUGGGACUGUGGCAUGGGGGGAGGGGCUUCUGCCCCCAUACUCUUUCCCAACCCAAAAGAACCUGGGGUGGUAAUUGCCCCAUGUGUCAGGCGGUUGCACACGUAUCGCGUGAGGCAGCCAUGAGUUAAAUGUAACGUCUAGUUUGGCUCCUGUCUUCACAGAGAAGAAAGUAACUAGGUGGAACUGAACUGGGUGAAGAAUAAACAAACUCAGGUGCCUAAAAGGAAAGUGGGCUCUUGGGAUUCAAGUUAAGUGUGUGUGUGGGGGGGUGUCACAUGGGAAACCAUUUUGAACCACCUAGGCUGCCAGGUGCCUAUCCGUUACAGCAGUGUGGAUAAACAGUGCUGUGAAAUUUGGCCAACAAUACCAGCUAUACACACAUGAACACUUCUAGUUCUACUUGUCUCAUUCCCUGUUUGCAGUCAGAGCUUGUUGCAUCAUGGGAUGUUGACACAGAAGCAGUUUUGUGUACCGUCGUCUUGAUGUCUCAUUUCCUAGAAAGCUGCAUGCCUGUGCUUCCAAAUCCUACUCACUUGUGUGUUCAGCAUCACCAGCAGUUGGGAGGAAGCGGCGAAUGGAAAGGCCAGGAUCCAGCCUGUUCCCACCAAGUUAUCCGCUGUGAUUUGAACAAUCACAAUCCUGAAUUGAAUGGCUUGCAGUUUUAACAUGUCAGCACUUGUUUAAGAACAAAUAUUACAAACACGUCCUUUCCUCUUACAUCCUUGAUUAUAAAAUAUAAAUUAAUAUAUUUUUUGAAUAUUUAUUAACUAUUUGCGUUCCGGUUGCGCAAUAGAAGCAGUUUGAUAUCUGGACUGUGAUUCUCAGGCUCCAUUCUAUAUUGUAGCACAACAUUUUAAUAAUAUUCAGUUCUGUUAAACCGCCGGGGGCUGUGGCUUGGGGAUAGAGCAUCUGAUUUGAAGCAGGCCAUCUCAGGUCCAGUCCCUGGCAUCUCCAAUUAAAAAGGUUGGGCAAUAAGUGAAUUGAAUGGCCUCUGCCUGAGAUGCUGGGGAGCUGCCGCUGCUGCUAGUCACAGUAGACAAUACUGACCUUGAUAAAGCAAGAGUCUGACUCUGUGUAGGGCAGCUUCAUGUGAUGAGAAAGGGAAGGAUGGGUUACCUGUUGACGUAACUUAAGCAUUUAUGUAUCAUCUUGAAAUUGGUUGUUAUCCAUAAAGUGGCUUUCCUGGGCUCUGAAAGGUUCUUGAGCAUAUGGGUUUCGAAUUUUGCCCAGCUAUUACAGCAGUUACGUGACACUUAAGGCUCUUGUUUUUGCUGGUGGAGAGUGGGAUUUUUCCCAACAGCAGCCAAAAGACAGGCAGUGGUCACCUUCCAAACUCUGUAGGAAAGCUUUUUAAAAUCCAUCUUCAUUGUUUAUAAAGGACACUGCUCUCAGUCUAGCACAUGUAGAACCUGGUUUGUAAAUAACUGUCUAUAGUGUGAGAGUUUUCUCAAGAUGAUCAGACAGGAAAAGUUUACAAAAGUUGGUUCUGUCUGUUUGGGCCAUUUCUAACAUGAAAAUGUACGCACAGGCAGGACAGUAUAAAUUCUUGUGGCUACUAACUUUUCUAGAACUUGUUGGUUUGGAUGAGAAUUAUCAAGUGACAUUCCCUCCCAACCCUGCAUGUAACUUUCUUUCAGGAACUAAUUCAUUGAGCAAACUGUACAGGCCUCAUGGUCGUCACCUUCUCGUGCCUGUUUGAAAAUGGUAUUUAAUUCUUUUUUAAUAGUUAAGGAAAAUUACCCCUUGUGCCAAGGAGUGAGCUGUAUCAGCACAGCCGGCUGAAAAUAAACAUAGCAGCUAUCGCUUCCUUCUGUUCCUUUCUCUAGCCAGCACUGUCAUUAAUUGUGGGUAUUAAAUUACAGCCUUUUUAAUUGAAAAAGCUGCUCAGUUUAAACAAAAUGCAAGCUGAUCUGGGAUCUCUAUGUAUUGGGCACGUGACUGCUUUGAUAAGUUAAGUAUUCGUCUAGUUUAAUUGCCCCCUUCCUUAAACAUUGGUUCACUCUACUUAUCAUGGGGACGGGGGGUGAAUUCUGAGUGGAGCCCAAAAUAAUAAACGCUGCUUGCCUUGAAAAAAUUUUCCCCCUGCAAAUUAAAUACCUUUCGUUGUGCUGGCCCUUGCUACCGAGUCCUUUAACUUGGUGUUUCAUGCAAUUCAGGUUGUCUUGAGAAGCUUGUAAAUACAAAAGUUGUUUUCAAAAAUGAAAAAAAAUACAAGGGAGUUACACAGCCAUGGUACUGCUUGUUCGUUUGUGGAUGUAGCUACUGUACAUAAUGUCUUCAACAAAUGGGCAAGACCUGAAAAACGAAUAGUCAAGUCAUACGUGUGCUUUCUUGGAAAUGAGUCCCACUGAGUGAGUGAGCUUUCUUUUUGGAAAGCAUGCAUCAGAUCGCAGCCUAAAUAUUUCAUUCGCUGUUCUUGAUUUGCUUUGUGAUCUGAGUUUUGCACUUUAAUGAAAGCAUAAUGCACCACCACUCCUUUGAUAAUCUUGAAAUUGGAUGUAUGGAAAUAGAAAGGUUCCUUGGCUGAAGCUAGUGCAUAAGAAUCUUUGACUUUUCGGUAACUUAGACUAAUACAAUGGAUUACAAACUUUGUAUGGGAAGUUGCACUUUUGCUUUUUAAACUGCAUUGCAGUUUUAUUUUCUAGGAAAUACAUUCAAGAGUGAUACUAAAUCUCCAGCGACACUUAAAAUGUUUGCUGCGGGGUUUUAUUAGUUCUUGUGUAAUGAUUUUACUUGAAUUUCUGCCUGGGGGCUGAAUAGUGGAAAGGCCUUUUUCUGAAACUAACAUGCUAACAUAAAAUAGCCCAGCAAACUUCCAACUGCAGCCCUGUUAUCAGUGGGAUAGCCUUCUAUUGUGUCUUUCUCAGAAAGAGAUCUCCAAAUUUUUCAAGCAACUGGUGUUUGAUUUAACUUGUGCUGUAUGUCCUUGCUUUUUAGAAAUAGUUAUAAUGGCUGAUGCUGCAGGAGUUUGUGACAACUCAGAUCUGUACUUCAGGUUAGAUUAACUCACAUUAGUAGGGCUGGGUUUUUCCUACAUGUACAUUUUUGCAAGUUUAAUCAAUUGACUAAACCAUACUGCUAACAGGGUACAGCUUUAAUUCAGUGACAGCCCUACAGAUUAAUUUUUACAUUUUUAUGAAUAGUAAUUCUUAUCUAGGGUUAGAAACCUAUGCGCCCUUAUGUACAAAUCAGACCCAUCAAAGACCAUGGGAUUUUUUGGAAUGGAACAGGGUCGGGGGAGGGGGAUGGCAGGAGUGGUCUGCUUGUAUAUUCUUGGCCAACUCCAUUUUCUAUAUAGUGAUUUGAGAGCAAGUCACAUUUUGUUAAACUGACUGCCGUGGGCAGUUAAGCUGUACUAUAACGUUGCUGCCAUCUUUUAGUAAGAACUUCACAGUUGUGGAGUACAUGUGGUCAGGCGCAGCUCUAGCAUAAUAUAAAAAUUCAGAGAUACACAAAGUUCAGGCUGAGCUUUCGUACGUGUGGAAUUCACUUCAUACACACUUUCAAUCCACUUUCAGUGCACUUCAGAUUUUACUGUGUGAAAUGGGCAAAUGCUCUUGCAAACAAUUGCUCAAGUGUAUUGCAAGUGGUGUGGUAUUUUUCAGUGUGUUGCUCCUUGGAUAAGUUGUUCUUGGCCUUGCCUUUUUGGCUGGUCGAAUACCCACAUAUGCUUGAACUGCUGAAGUUAAAAGUUCUGUAAAUGUAAGGAUAAUGCCCAUUGCACUGGGCUUUCAGAAUUCCAUUGUUUUGGCCACCAAACUAGCCCAAUUUCUGACUUCCUUACCACUGAAAUAAAUGUGUGCCAGGAGGCUGAAUGUCCUGACCAUGUUUGUUUCUGCAUUUUUGAGAUUGCAGGUAUAAAUUAGUUUUGCUUAGAGAGUUUCUUGUGGCCUAACAUUUCAGGUCCUGAGUUUUCAAGAAGCACAGUUGUUAGAUCUUAAUUAAACGGUGGUAUUUCGACUAAAUGUAAAUUCACCAGAAUUGUCUCUUUAAAUUGCUUUAUCAUUUUUCCCCUUUUGCAGCUGUAGUUGGUAACCUCCAGCUAGCUCUUGUAAACAGGAGUUUGGAUAUAUCUAGCAUAAAAUGAUGGGAGAAGUGGACCACUAUGUGCUUUUUUUAAAAAAAUGGGAUUGCUACACUCUAAAUUUAGGAACAAUAUUGGGACUAUAAUGGUUUUUGUUUCGUUCCAGAUAGCUAACACGUUGCAUAUCUUCCGCAGCAUAAAUCCACACAAAAUAGUCAUAAGGGGAAUAGAAUCAUAAUGAAUCAAUAGUAUUUAAAUGUUUUUAGUUCCCAGCUUACUACUGUGAUUAUUUCUGUUUGUGUUAGUAAUACCUUCAGUUUAGUUAAUAAUAAUGGAUGUGUAUAUGUGGCCUUGAAGUAUGUCCAAUGUCAUACUCCAUACUCUGGAGAAGCAAGAUCCUUCCCCUUGGGGAGAACAGAAGCCCCAUUUGGAACACUUAGCCAAAACAAUAGUGACAUUUCAUGUUCUGUCACCAAAGAGAACCUGCCCAAAGCAUCUAUGGUGAUGGUUCCACCAAUGAAAAUGUUUCCAGGCCCAAAGAAAAAAUGCAAUUCUCUGACUACUGGGAGUUGCGAUUGCUUGUGAGUUUUUCCCCGUUGUAAAUCUUUUGACCAUGAAGUGAUACUGUCUUCCAUAAAAGAUCCAGCUUGGUGGAUGUCUCACAUCAGAUCUCUUCUCUGGAUUUCUUUAGGGAAGUUGGUACAAUUGUUAGGUCAGGGAGUUACAGUUGAUGUCAAACUUGGGUGUCUGUCUGCUGUCUGCCACCAAUUUUCUCUCAUUUCUAGAACUUCUUUGUCCUGGAUAUCUCAGUAAAUGGUCAUUUUCCCACUUACAGUGUUUCUCCUUAGGUUUUAGGGCGAUGUUAAACACAUUCUGGAUUAGUUUUGUCAGAAUCUUUUGGCAUCAAAGAUGCAGAGAUUCUUACUACUUCUAUCUCAUUCUAAAUAUAUUUGGCUAAGACUGAUGCAGCCAUGAAUUUUUAACUCUAUUUGUUCUCCCUCUGACCUGGGAGAACAGACCGUGUGAUGUUUUUAUAAUCUGCUAAUGAUAAGGGAAGAGAUCCCGAUAGGCAUUUUAAGGGAAUCUUUCCUUUAAGCUAAGCUUAUGCUCCUGUGGUGGGGUUUUGUUUUGUUGUGUGCUGACCAAAGGACUGGUGGUUCAUAAAACUUGCAGUCAGAGAAGAGAAAUCCUCCAUAUGCAAAUUCUCUGUGGUGAUAAGCUGCUUGCCCAUUGUCUCGACUUUAUGCUGCACAGUGUGUGUGGUAGGUUGAAAGAUUCACUUUGGAUAGUCAUUUGGCAAAAUCAGGUGAUUGUGGAGUGGGUGAGUGCAAAAACAAAUAUGUAUAUGUAUGUGGGUGGAUGUUUAUACACACACAAAUAUAUAUAAGAAUAUAUAUUUUAGAAAAAAUAAAGAGCUAUUGAUUCUUCUAAUGGGAGAAAUUUACUUAGGGCUGAUGACAUGUACUAUCUGGUUUAGUAGGCGAUAACAUUUCACAAAAAACAGCUUUACAACAUCCAUGGCUAGUGCAUCUAAAUCCCAAGAGGCGCAUACAGCAGGGACAAGAUGUAGAACUGUGUGUAUGAAACCGACAAGAUGUGGGGGAGUUGGUCCCUGUGUACAUCAGGAGCAGGACUUCAGGGGCCCUCCUCCAUCCUCCUCGUGUCUGCAUCACUGCGAGAUAGUGAUCCAGUGCCUUUCUUCAUUUUAGAGCAGAGAAGAACUAUUUGUGACAUUGUGUGGCAGCCUGUUCUUGGGCUUACUUUGGCCUCCUCGGUUGAAAUGGAGAGGCUGCUGCCAGUAAAAUGACUGAAUGUUCUUAACUCAUUGAAAAAUUUAUUAUAACUGUUCUCUUCCCAUUUACUGAUCCUUCACUUCUUUCCUCACCCUCCAUAUUUUUCUUCGUUUAAAUGUAAUCCUGUUUUUCGUGUUUUUUUUUUUUUAAAAAAAAGGAACAGAGGUUGUCUGAACAAUUCUUGGGCUUCUUCUGUACCAUUCUGGUUUUUAACUGAAACAGGUGUUGGGAAAAUACUCUCACCAAUGGUUGCUGUUACAGUGAGAUCAAUAAAGAUCUUGAUUAUAUCAAG